CGUCUCGAAGCCGUGCCCGCCUCUGACGCGAGCGAGGGCAGCUUGUGGAGAGAUGUGGCUGGAUCCGGCGCGUGGUGAUGACGUCAUCGCAAGCCAGGCCCGUAGAGGAGCAAGGCCCUUCUAGCUCAGCGUGUGGUCUGCUCGUGCCUUUGGCGAGCUGCGGUGCAGCCUCAGACCCAAGACAGGAUUCUGACCUCCCAAGAUUUAAGUCUCUCCUGCGUAAGACGAAGAAGGGAGAGCCUCUUGGCGUUGCGCCUACUCUGAGGAAUUCUGAGUGGCCGCGACUCCGGGCCUCACAUAGCCCAGGCGAUGAGUGAGAAGAUGGACACGGAAGUAAAGCAAAGGGAGACGUCCUGCUGAGAUGUGGAUGGGUGGGCAGAGAUGUGGGCCGGGAGCACAUGGAGGACUGCGACUGCGGCCAGGAUACCAGUGCAGGGCACUGCUCUGCAACUCCAACAUGCCAGGAAGAAGGGCCUGGACCAGCUCCGGGACCUGGAGCCCAAGCUGGGCUCUACAGCUACAUCAGAGAUGACCUGUUCACCUCGGAAAUCUUCAAGCUGGAGUUGCAAAAUGUGCCUCGCCAUGUCAGCUUCAGUGAUGUCCGGCGCUUUUUGGGCCGUUUUGGCCUACAACCCCACAAAACCAAACUCUUUGGACAACCAUCAUGUGCCUUUGUAACAUUCCGAAGCGCUGCUGAGAGAGACAAGGCCCUGCGAGUGUUGCAUGGUGCUUUAUGGAAAGGCCGCCCACUCAGUGUGUGCCUAGCCCGGCCCAAGGCCGACCCCAUGGCUAGGAAGAAGCGACAAGAGGGUGACAGUGUGCCACUUACAACGCAGAUUGCCGACGUGGUGACCCCUCUUUGGACAGUGCCCUAUGCUGAGCAGCUGGAGCAGAAGCGGCUGGAGUGUGAGCGGGUGCUGCAGAGACUGGCCAAGAAAAUUGGGAGCACCAACCAUGCCCUGCUACCCUGGCUGCUUACACAAAGACACAAGCACAACAAGGCCUGUUGCCCACUAGAGGGAGUCAGGCCUUCACCCCAGCAGACUGAGUAUCGUAACAAGUGUGAGUUUCUGGUUGGAGUUGGGGUAGAUGGAGAGGACAACACUGUUGGCUGCCGUCUUGGCAAGUACAAGGGUGGGACAUGUGCUGUGGCAGCCCCCUUUGACACCGUGCACAUUCCAGAGGCCACCAAGCAGGUGGUGAAAGCCUUCCAGGAGUUCAUUCGGUCCACUCCCUACUCAGCAUAUGACCCUGAGACAUAUGAAGGCCACUGGAAGCAGCUGACUGUUCGCAUUAGCCGCCGAGGCCAAGCCAUGGCCAUUGCCUACUUCCACCCUCAGAAACUGAGCCCUGAGGAAGUGGCAAGCCUGAAAGUCUCCCUGGCACACCAUUUCCUGGAAGGGCCAGGCAGGGCCAGUGGGGUGACCUGCCUCUACUUUGUUGAAGAGGGACAGCGAAAGACUCCCAGCCAGGAGGGCCUGCCUCUGGAACAUGUAGCUGGUGACAGGUGCAUCCAGGAAGACUUGCUGGGGCUGACCUUCCGUAUCUCCCCUCAUGCAUUCUUCCAGGUAAACACACCUGCAGCUGAGGUGCUCUACACAGUUAUCCAAGACUGGGCCCAGAUAGAUGGGGGCAGUACAGUGUUGGAUGUAUGCUGUGGAACUGGCACCAUUGGCCUGGCCUUGGCCCGGAAAGUGAAGAGAGUAGUUGGGAUUGAGCUGUGCCAGGAGGCUGUGGAGGAUGCCCGGGUGAAUGCCCUCACCAAUGACCUGAACAACGUUGAGUUCCACUGUGGCAGAGCUGAAGAUCUGGUCCCAGGCCUGGUGAGCAGACUGGCUUCCCAACAACUGGUAGCUGUUCUAGACCCACCUCGAGCUGGACUACAUUCCAAGGUGAUUCUGGCUAUCCGUAGAGCUGAGAACAUCAAGCGGAUCCUGUAUGUUUCUUGCAACCCCCGGGCAGCCAUGAGCAACUUUGUGGACCUCUGCAGGGCCCCAUCUAAUCGGGUAAAAGGCACCCCAUUUCAUCCAGUCAAGGCUGUAGCUGUGGACCUGUUCCCACAGACUCCACACUGUGAGAUGCUUAUCCUGUUCGAGAGGAUGGAACACCAUAAUGGCACUGGGGCCCUGGAGCACCCAGACCUUCAAGCCAAGUCUCCCAGAGAUCUCUCUGAUUAUACUCUACUGGAAACAGAGACCUCCCUCUCAUCCUAGGUCCUGAGAGCUGCAGAAGCCAGAUCUUCCAGAGCAGGACAAAAGCUGGGGAGCUCCUUACAGCCCUUCUAUCAUCCCAGGAUGAUCAGGCAAGCAGUAGCAGGGCACAAGGCCUAGCUACUAUCAAGAACGUAUUACUCUGGUUCAGAAGGAAGGUGCCUACUUGUAUUGGGACAGCCAGACUGUGAUGGCUGGAAUAAAUAAUUGCUGAAUUAA